AGCAUAUCUUAAAGAUAGAUCAGUUCAUUGCUUCAAUUCCACUUAUAAAACUUCUUCAACAAUUUGUUCCUAAAAAGUCAAUUGCCCAUCGAAGAAAGUCUUUAGGAAACCACAUCUACCGUUUGAACAGAGCUAGAAGCAAUUGAAGAAGCAACGAAGGUAGCAGAAGGACGACAAAAAGUAGAGCACCUAUCCUUGAAUCUCGAUCCCCCCUCUCAUUAUUCACCAAUAUGACGAGCAAUCCGUUCUGGUACACCGGCCCAAUGCGGGACGAUGACUUAGAUCCAUACCUUGCGUCCGAUGGCUACAACGAGAUAGACCAGAUAUUAACGCAAACCUUGAACUCGCUCGACGAUUUGGACAUUCCUUCAGCUGGAUACGCAGAACCGACACAUGACAAGAAACAUAGCCGGAAGAUCAGUGGGACGGCCAUCUUUGGGUUCCACAACCAUAACCGCGAGUUCUCGAUCAACCUGCUCUACCCCAAUGCGUUCAAGGCGUCAAAGUUGGAUAUGCCCCGUGAGAUGCUCAUGCCCAAUGACUUUUUUUUGAACAAAAAUGAGACCCCAGCGGCAUCCCCACCACAUACGCCAACUAAGCCCCACAAGAUCGACCAGCAGCUCCUUGCCAAGCCCCAGGCAGCCAGCGACUACAUCAUCAAGACCGAAAAGCCUAGCGGUUACAAGUUCCCUGCCAGCCCGCCACCACCAAGUAUGCACCAAUACUCCGUCGAGUACUUGAACCGGCUUGCACAGUACCAGAAGUCGCCUGAGCAGAGAGAUGUGGGCGAUGAAACCCUCACGUAUAAUGCCACAAAUGACAUUAACUUUGAGCCCUCUUCGAGUCCAUUUGUGAAUCCUCAGCCCCGCUAUCAAACCAGAGGCUUUGUGGGCGACUAUUCCAUGAGACAAAACAAUUUACCGCAAUUUCCAACUCCGUUCCGUAACCCCGUGGCAGACUUUUCACCGCUGAACCACCAAGGCAGCUACGAUCCACAUGCCACCCCUACCAAACCCCACCAGCACUAUACCUUUGACCCAUACAACCAGCCAAGGAGCCCCCAGCGCUUCCACCAGAACCCAUACAUCACUUCCGAGCCAGACUUUUUGAACCCAAACUUCUCGGACCAGAGGUCGCUCCAGGAUAUCUACUCAUCACCGACGAGGAACUUCGACCAGGAGCCGAUCCCCUUCCAUCCAAUUCCUGCCCUCAGCCACUCUGGAAACUCAGAGAUAUCUUCUUUAUCCAGUAGUCCCUACCGGCUUCCUCAAGAGCCCUUUCCGUCGUCCCCAAUCGCGGGGUACGGGGAGCCGUAUCCGAGUCUGCAGCUCCCUCUUCCGGUGCCUGCCACACCCGUGAAGAAGACGCCCAUUACCUGGGAUGAGGUGGUGGUUAACGAUGACACUCCAAACACGCUAGACCGCAUCUCCAGACCUACUCCUUCGCCGAAGCGCAAAAGCGAGCCUGUGUCGACAUUAGAAUUCGGCCUCAUAGACACCUAUAUUGAGGGCCCUAACGAAGACAAGCUCUACAUUUGUACCUUCCACGGGUGCGGCAAGACCGGACCAAGGCGCUACAACAUCCGAUCACACGUGCAAACGCACUUGUCUGAUAGACCCUACAAGUGCGACAAGUGUACCAAGGACUUUGUGAGACAGCACGACUUGAUCAGACACUACCGCAUUCACCAAGAAGGGAGCUUAGGCUGCGAGUGCGGGAAAAAGUUUACCCGGAACGAUGCCUUGCGGAGGCACAAGCAGAGGAACGUCUGUGUGGGGGGUAUUCCCGACCCCAGCGGAAUCAUCAAGCCAAAAAAGAAGCGCGGAAGACCGAAGAAGAUCGACCCGAGUCAAGAAUCUCAGAUAGAUUCCGAUAUCCUUGGUAGUGAUAUCGUUAACUGGUCCGGGUAGGCCAGCAUGGUUUUGGCAUCCUUCACUUCUACAUAUUUUUCAAGGUUUGGUUUUGGUUUCGAUGAUGGGAGCUUACUCGUCUGUAUUAUCCCCUCUAUUAUAUUUUUAGCCC